CACCAACCAAACUUUUUCCUCGAUAACUAUAAUUCGACUCCUCUUGUGUGAUUUACCAAGUCACCGAGUCCAAAAGCUUCUUUCUUUCCUUCCCACCGUGCUUGCUCUCUGAAACUAUUUAAGUUAGGCUUGCAUCCUCUGAUGCCAUAGGCUACCAGCGUAUCCAAGAGUAAAGGAGAAGAAGAAUGUUGGUGGUUGAAGGAGGAGAGGGAGAGGAGGCAGCUUACAACGAGCCGGUAAGCCCGACCGGCCAAUACUUCAAUAGCUCGGCGCUGUCCAUCUGCAUCCUGGUGGUUUUCGAGUCCGAUGUUCCUAUCGAUGACUCCCCGACCAUGUCGACACUGGAGAAUCUGUUCUUGCCGAUCAACCCACGUUUCUCCUCCAUCAUGGUGAAAGAUGAGAACGGGGUUCAACAGUGGAAGAGGGUCAAGGUCAAGCUGGGAGACCAUGUAAACGUUCCCACCUUCCCCACUGGCUUGGAAUCAUAUGACCAAUGCGUGCAAGAUUACCUCUCACAGAUAGCACUGGAGAAGCUGCCGCAAAGCCGGCCACUGUGGGACCUCCACAUCAUCAAGUAUCCGACAAGCAAUGCCGAGGGCACGAUGGUGUUCAAGCUUCACCACGCACUGGGAGACGGCUUCUCCCUCAUGGGAGCACUCUUCUCUUGCUUGCACAGGGCCGACGACCCUUCCCUCCCUCUCACCUUUCCCACUCCUCGAGAUAAAGCGAUGAAAAAGAGCUUAUGGGGGAGCAUUUGUGGCGUAGUGCCUCGAGUUCUCUCCGUGUGUGCCAAUACCAUCCGAGACGUAGGGUGGAGUCUUUGGAAGAGCACUCUGGCAGAGGACGACACAACUCCGCUCAGAUCCGGCACUCCAGGGCUGGAGUUUCGGCCGAUCACCAUUUCUUGCGUCGAGUUCUCUCUUGAUGACAUAAGAAAGAUCAAGGCCGCAGUCGGAGGGACUGUGAAUGAUGUGAUCAGUGGAAUAAUAUUUUAUGGGACCCAGCUGUACAUGCAAAGGGUGGGUGAGGGUCAACGCAGGAGAGCUGCCCGAGUGACGGCCAUGGUGUUGCUGAACACUCGAAUCGUUUCCAGCUACGAGACCGUAGAAAAGAUGACAAAAACCAAUGCCAAGUCCCCAUGGGGGAACCAGUUUGGUUUCCUCCAUGUCUCCAUUCCAACGAGUAAGAACGCCGAGAAGGCCGACCCCCUCUACUUUAUCCGGAAAGCAAGGAAGAUCAUCAAGGCAAAACGAAGCUCGUUUGCUGUCUAUCUCACCGGCAGAUUGCUUGAGAUGCUGAGAAAACUCAAAGGCCCAGAGGCUGCUGCCUUGUACAUACACACAACGCUAAGGAAAUCAAGCAUGACGGUCUCAAACUUGGUCGGACCAAUCGAGCAGACGAUCAUUGCUGGACAUCCAGUUAGGAGCUUCCAUUUUAUGGUAGUCGGAGUCCCGCAGAGCCUUACAAUAACGGUCAUUAGCUACAUGGGCAAGUUGAAGGUGGCUAUGGGAGUGGAGAAAGGCUUCAUAGAUUCGGAGCUUCUGAUCUCGAGCUUGAAGAAGUCGUUUGAGAGGAUCUUUGAAGCAGCAAUUGGGCAAGAGAACUUAAACAGGUGUUUCUAGUGAUAGAGCAGAUCAUUUGACAUUGUUGCUUAUGGAUUAACUGUUGCUUGCUUCUUUUGUAAUAACCUAGGGUCCUCACCUAAAAUAGUGAGCCGAAAGGUAUUAUUUCGGUUCUUUGA